GUAUCUAUAGGGGCGUGUACUGGCCUUGCAGUGAAAGUAUUUUGGCACAAUGGCGCCGAAAUGAUAUAUAUAUAAACACCAUCGGGCCAAAAAAUGAUGACACACGUGAGUUUACAUUCCUUUAGGAACCAUGAGGACCUUCUUUCUAAUUUGCCUAUUGCUAAUCAGCGCCUGCGCAUCGAGUUUGAAAAAAGUGGAAAAACGAGGAUUUAACUCGGGACAUUCUGGAUACUCUAGAGGUCAUGGCUUAGGCUCCUAUGCCACUGGCUUUAACUCCGCACUGAAUCUACACACAAAUUACGCUCCUAAUUAUUCCUUCGGCAAAUCGACAGGCAAUUUUGCAAGUUCCAAUUUAGGAUUAUCAAGCUACGGAUUAGGAAAGAACGAGCGAAUAACGGGAAUUACUGUGAAUCGAGAAAUACGAAUUCCAAUAGCAGUUCCACAACUUUAUCCAGUGCCUCAACCUUAUCCUGUCAAGGUUGAUCGUCCAUAUCCGAUUGUUGUACCACAUCCAGUUCCGGUUGAAGUCACUCGCACUGUUCCCAUCAAAAUCGAACAACCCUAUCCAGUGCCAAUUGUUGUUCGCCAACCAAUACCAGUCGAAGUCAUCCGCACUGUUCCAAAUGCUCUCUCAUUGGCUGCUGCCAAUUCAUAUUCUGGUUCCGAUUCGUACUCCGAACUUGAUUCUGGAUUUCGAGCUGGUUCACAUUUAAACUUUGCCACUGCCUUUAAUUCCGGAUCAAGUUCCCGAAUCACCUCCGAUCCUGAAAGCGGUUCCACACUUGUAAAAGUACACCACACGUGCAGUUUUCACUCUGGAUAUGUGUCGGAAACAGUUUCUGGAACUAGUUCCGAUUCUUUUUCCAAACCUCUUGGAACUUUUUCUGGAUUCGAAUCUGGAUCUUAUUCGUCAUUGGAUUCCGAAUCAUCUUUUAAUUCAGCAUCCGGUUCCUCUUUUGGAUCUAAUCUUCCUUUGUUGCAUCGAAAUUCACCCAGCUCUGGUUACUCAUAUCCGAUUCCGACAAAGAAGUUUACAUUUUAAGUGAAUCCAUUUGAAAUCCCAUCUUCGUAAAAAUAGAGAUCCAAUUUUUAUUUAAAUGGAAAUAAUGCUCAAUAUAGGUUAAUAUUUGAAGCGCAAACAUAAGUGAUAAGUGAAAGUGUUGUGAAUAUCACUA